AUACACCCAAAAUUUCAAAGUCUUUCUAUUGCUUUCCUUUUAUCUUCCAAAGAUGUGAUGUAACUCUUAGUUUCUUCUAUAUUUUCUUGGUAUCAAUGGAUUCAGUUCCCUCAUGAUUCAUUCUCCCCAGGCCUUACUCCUACCAGAAAUGACGAGUUUCCAACUUUUCUCCUCUUCGCCUUUUCUUUGUGAUCUAGGCUUUCUAAUACUAGUUCUUGUCAAUAUUCAGUUAUCUUUAAGCAAUCCUGAUUUUUUAUUUGAAGAUUGUAGACGUCAAUUCACGUGCGGGAGCAUCGAAGUUGGUUAUCCUUUCUGGGGAGGCGAAGGCACACAAUACGGUCGCCCAGGGUUUUGUGGCCACAAGGACCUGGAGCUUCAUUGUAAGGAUGAUACGACAUUCAUUAUGAUCAAACGCGUUGAAUAUCGUGUUUUGCAUAUCUCUGAGUCAGCGAAAGUUCUAAAGAUUGCGAGACAGGACUACUUGAGCGGCAACUGUCCAUCUGAUGAAUUGGUUAACACCACCUUUGAGUCGACACUUUUUGAAUAUUCUCCUCGGUAUGAGAAAUUCACAUUACGUUAUGGUGUCCCUCGUGGUCAAAUAUUUUGCUCCAUAGAGGAGAUGGAGAAGAACUUCAAUUAUACGGAUGGUUUAAUAUCAACACUCGGAUCUGGUUUUAUGAAUUUUAGUGUCACUGUUCCGGUUCUUAAAACUUUCCUUGAAAAAGCAAAUCGAAGUCUAUCAGUUGUGGAAGAAGCCCUGAAACAAGGAUUUGAAGUGGAAUGGAAAGUGAAUGACAUGGCAUUCUGUGAUAAGUGCAAUCAAUCCAGUGGAAGUUGUGGUUAUGAUAAUAUCUGGAAUCAAACAACUUGCUAUUGCCCCCCCUUUCAAGAAGCAUGUCCAACCUCGCCUAUAGGACUACCCCCAAAAGGUCCUCCGGAUACUUCAGUUAUCUUUAAGCAACCUGGUUCAUUUGAAAUUGUAGACUUCAAUUCACGUGCGGGAACAUCACAGCUGGUUAUCCUUUCUGGGGAGUCAGGCACACAAUACGGUCGCCCAGAGUUAUGUGGCCAUGUCUGGAGCUUUAUUGUAAGGAGUUACGACAUUCAUUAUGAUCAAUCAUGUAGAAUAUUGUUUUUAAUAUCUCUGAGUCAGCGAAAGUUUAAACAUUGCGAGACAGGACUACUUGACGGGAUCUGUCCAUAUGAUGGAUUGGUUAACACCACCUUUGAGUCGACACUUUUUGAAUAUUCCUCUCGUAUGAGAAAUUCACAUUACUUUAUGGUGUCCCUCGCGGUCAAUAUUUUUGCUCCAUAG